CAAGCCUUCAAGAUGAUGUCCAUGAACAGCAAGCAGCCACAUUUUGCCAUGCAUCCCACCCUACCUGAGCACAAAUACCCCUCUCUACACUCCAGCUCGGAAGCAAUAAGAAGAGCAUGUCUACCAACUCCACCGCUGCAGAGCAAUAUCUUCGCCAGCCUCGAUGAGACCCUGCUGGCGCGGGCCGAGGCUCUGGCCGCCGUCGACAUCGCCGUGUCGCAGGGCAAGAGCCACCCCUUCAAGCCCGACGCCACCUACCACACCAUGAACAGCGUGCCCUGCACCUCCACCUCCACCGUGCCCCUGGCGCACCACCACCACCACCACCACCACCACCACCAGGCGCUGGAGCCCGGCGACCUCCUCGACCACAUCACCUCCCCGGCCCUGGCCCUCAUGCCCGCCGGGGGGGGCGGCGGAGCCGGCGGCGGCGGCGGCCACGACGGGGCGGGCGGCGGCGGCGGCGGGGCAGGCGGCGGCGGCGGGGGAGGCGGCGGCGGCGGCGGCGGCGGCGGCGGGGGCGGCGGGGGCCUCAUCUCGUCGUCGGCCCACCCGCACCCGCACAUGCACGGCCUGGGCCACCUCUCGCACCCGGCCGCCAUGAACAUGCCGUCGGGGCUGCCGCACCCGGGGCUGGUGGCCGCGCACCACGGCGCGGCGGGGCAGGUGGCGUCGGCGGCGGCCGUGGUGGGGGCGGCCGGCUUGGCCUCCAUCUGCGACUCGGACACGGACCCGCGGGAGCUGGAGGCCUUCGCCGAGCGCUUCAAGCAGCGCCGCAUCAAGCUGGGGGUGACCCAGGCCGACGUGGGCUCGGCGCUGGCCAACCUGAAGAUCCCGGGCGUGGGCUCACUCAGCCAGAGCACCAUCUGCCGCUUCGAGUCGCUCACCCUGUCGCACAACAACAUGAUCGCCCUCAAGCCCAUCCUGCAGGCCUGGCUGGAGGAGGCCGAGGGCGCCCAGCGGGAAAAAAUGAACAAGCCCGAGCUCUUCAACGGGGGCGAGAAGAAGCGCAAGCGGACUUCCAUCGCCGCCCCGGAGAAGCGCUCCCUGGAGGCUUACUUCGCCGUCCAGCCCCGGCCCUCCUCCGAGAAGAUCGCCGCCAUCGCCGAGAAAUUGGACCUCAAAAAGAACGUGGUGCGGGUUUGGUUUUGCAACCAGAGACAGAAGCAGAAACGGAUGAAGUUUUCCGCCACCUACUAA